CUAUCUUAAGCCGAGGUCCACGAAGUUCAAAAUCGUAGCCGACCUCCCAGACUUCAACAAGGGAGCUGGGGAUGACUAUUUCAUUACCUCGGGGAACUGGGAGUUUGCUCCAGGCAAGGACCUCCAUCUCUAUCCUCUUCUUCGAACAGUUUUUGUAGAGGGCAAUGGUAAAAGCCCUACGUUCAUACUUACUUGUUUCCAAAGUCUUCAAUACUUUAUCUACUUCUAACGUCUGUUUUUCUUGCAGCUCUUUCUCAGCCACCAAAGGGCUUCCAUCAGUCUUUCUGUCCCAGCAAAGACUUGAGGAAAAUUUUGGAUCUGCCAGUUCUCAAAUGGAAGGCCCCUCUUCUGCUUAAUUUCAUUCCAACGUAUAAGUCAGCUCUUCCCGACGUCCCUAAGAAGAAGAAGAAGAAGAAGUGUCUGUCUCCUCCUUCUGCUUCAACUCCUCAGACUACCUCCACAUCUCGGCAAGAUCAAGGAUCGACCUCUGAUCUAGUCGAGCAGCCGUCAACCUCGGCUCCUUAUCUGAUCCCAAUAUCCCAGUGCCAACGUCGGCGACGAACUGUUUUUCCUGUCAAGAUGGGCCGCCAGAAAGCAGUUGCCAAAGAUCUCUUGGCUAGCAUCCCAUCAACUACUGACGCUCCACCAGCGCAAUCUCAACCUCCACCAAAGCAAAAAAGAAUAAAAAAGGCUCAGCCAAAGGCAAAGGUGACUCAUAUUGAUACUGAGGACACUUUGUCAAUUUCCAAAUUGGCUGAGAGCGAGAAGACCGCCUCUGUCCCCGAGAAGAGGUCUGCUAAAAACACAUCCAUCCAAAUCCAUCAGAUCCAAAAGGCCGAGGUCAUCUUCUGCAACGACCUCGGGGUCUCAAAAGCAUGAUGCCCCCUGGGUCCUCAAAAUCACACUGGAGGAUAAACCAGUUAGGGCCAAUGAUAGUGCUGAAGAUAUUAACGUCGGCGUUGCCCUUAGUACCACUCUCCUCCUUCCUGGCGAUCUUGAUCGGAACGCCGAGCUGAGUGAAUAUGAAAACUAUACCCUGAUGCUCCAGCGCUCUAUCCAAGCCAUUCAGCAUGCUCAUUCCUUCUCAAUUCAAUCCCUUGAGAACCGGAAAGAACUGGCCGAUAAGAGGAAAGAAGUUGCCAGUCUGCAAAAGGCCAACAAAAGCUUACAAUCAAAAAUGAAGAAAUUGGAAGACCAGGCCGAGGCUGUCAUCAAAGCUAAGGACGAUACCGAUGAAAAAGCAGGUGCUGCUGAGGCCAUUAACAAGGUUCUUGAGGCUCAAAGGAAAGAGUCUGAGGAAAAGAUGGCCCAAGCCCAAAAAGAACUUCAGGAUGUCUUGGCCACGAAGGACGCCGAGCUCAAGGCAGCCGAUGAGAAAGGCUACAAUGAGGGUGUGGCCGAUGUCAUAGUGGACUAUGAAAAGCAAGUAAAGCAAGCAUACAACAAGGGUUUUACCCUUGGUUGGAUGGCACUGCUAAAAAAGCUUGAAGUCUCCGAGGACUCGCCCCUCAGGAACGCCGACGUCAUUCCUCUUCCAUUCCCUCCAACUCCAAGUAAAUCUAACGACGAAUCUGAGUCUGAGGAAGAGACCUUGGUGAGGAAACCAAAGGAGACUGCUGGGAUCAAGUCCCCUUCUUUGAAUGAGCAGGUCCUGGACUUGACUCAAGAUGAGGAGGGUGAUGAGGUGCCCAAGGAAGCUACCCCUGAGCGGGCAUCAUUGGGCGUGCCUCUUGCCAACAAGAGCCUUGAUCAAACUCCUCAAGAAAUUGAUGCUGAGCUUGCGGCUGAGAAAGCAGCCGAGAUGUCCUCCCAACAGUCUUCCGAGGUCCAGACCCAACUUGCCAAGGAGCCUGAAGAAUCUUAAUUUUGGUGUCUUUUUCCUUUGUUUUUCGCCUUUUGUAUUUCAUUGUUUUUAAGACAAUGUAAACUCUUCGUAUGGCCGAUGUGCUUUCUUAUGAAUACAACUUCCUUUUUUCUUGA